AUGAAGAAAUUUACAAUCAUUUGGACUUUGAGUGGGCUAUCCAUCUGUGGUAAAGUCACUAUAGUCAAAUCUCUACUCGUCCCUAAACUUGUCUACAUGUCUUCGUUGCUUCCAACUCCAUUACACAUUAUCAAACAGGUGAAUCACACAAUUUGCACUUUUUUAUGGAAAGGGAAGGAUAAGGUGACGAGACUUUCUGCAAUAGACAAUUUUGAACGUGACGGAAUAAAAAUGAUAGUCAUGUAGAGUUUGAUUAAAGCUCGAAGACUAGCCUGGUUGAAGCGAAUUUUGAACGAUAACGCAAAUACAUGGAAGUUCUGUUUAAUGCACCUCUUAAAAUAA